AAUUUGACAGCUAACAGCUGAGUUGCAUUGACGUUCCACAGAUUUCACUAGCCACUUCUAUUGAAACGAACAGAUUUUCUGCGGAAUUAAAGCGAACGGAUAUGGCGUCUACGGAACAAAUCCAACAAGAAAAGGCAGCUCGACGAGCCGCACUUCGGAACGAGUACUGGCGAACAAUGACCAAUCCGCACACUCGUGGGGAGAGCGUAGGAGUGUUCGAUACUGGAAUAGCGCGUUAUCAGGCUAUGCAGGUAAACCAUUUCGAACACUUCAGACCGACUGGUCGUACAUUCCGCAUUGGAAUGAUAUCAGUGGUGAUCCCGAUUGUGGGCUAUGCUUGGAUGCUGAAAACAGAACGUGACGGUCGUGAGAAAAAAUAUCGCACCGGCCAAGUUGCCUAUAAGGAUCGCAAUUUCAAGUUCAUCUAAACGGUUGAUCUAGAGUUCAAUGAUUGAAAUCACCGAUUUUUAGAAAAACAAUGAUUGAUACUGAAGAUAGCUUUAAAAUUUUA